CAGACAGUCACUGUGACUGAGAGCAGAAAUGGAGCAGAAUCAGUUCGACCGAGAGACUUUCUCCUGUUCCAUCUGUCUGGAUCUACUGAAGGAUCCGGUGACGACUCCCUGUGGACACAGCUACUGUAUGACCUGCAUUAAAGGUCACUGGGAUGAAGAGGAUCAGAAACGAAUCCACAGCUGCCCUCAGUGCAGAGAGACAUUCAUACCAAGGCCUGUUUUGAAGAAAAACACCAUGCUAGCAGCUUUAGUGGAGCAGCUGAAGAAGACUGGACUCCAAGCUGCUCCUGCUGACCACUGUUAUGCUGGACCUGAAGAUGUGGCCUGUGAUUCCUGCACUGGAAGAAAACUGAAAGCCAUCAAGUCCUGUUUAGUCUGUCUGGCCUCUUUCUGUGAGAAACACCUUCAGCCUCAUUAUGAUUCAGCUGCAUUUAAGAAACACAAGCUGGUGGAGCCGUCCAAGAACCUCCAGGAGAACAUCUGCUCUAAGCAUGAUAGGUUGUUGGAGGUCUUCUGCCGCACUGAUCAGAAGUGUAUCUGUCUCAUCUGUUUAAUGGAUGAACAUAGAGACCAUGAAACAGUGUCAGCUGCAGCAGAAAGGACUGAGAGGCAGAGAGAGCUGGAGGAGAGAAGAAGAAAAAUCCAGCAGAUGAUCCAGAACCAGGAGAAAGAUGUGAAGCUGCUUCAACAGGAGGUGGAGGCCAUCAAUCACUCUGCUGAGAAAACAGUGGAGGACAGCGAGAAGGUCUUCACCGAGCUGAUCCGUCUCCUCCAGAAAAGAAGCUCUGAGGUGAAGCAGCAGAUCAGAUCCCAGCAGGAAACUGAAGUGAGUCGAGUCAAAGACGUUCAGGAGAAGCUGGAGCAGGAGAUCAGUGAGCUGAAGAGGAAAGACGCUGAGCUGGAGCAGCUCUCACACACAGAGGAUCACUACCAGUUUCUACACAACUACCCCUCACUGCCAGCACUCAGUGAGUCGACACACUCAUCCAGCAUCAACAUCCAACCUCUGAGACACUUUGAGGACGUGACAGCAGCUGUGUCAGAGCUCAGAGGCAAACUACAGGACGUCCUGAGAGACUCAUGGACAAACAUCUCACUGAUGGUCACUGAGGUGGAUGUUCUACUGUCAGAACCAGAACCAAAGAGCAGAGCUGGAUUCUUAAGAUAUUCAUGUGAAAUCACUCUGGAUCCAAACACAGCAAACACAUGGCUGGUACUAUCAGAGGGGAACAGGAAGGUGACAUGGAUGAAUCAGGAUCAGUUUUAUUCUAGUCAUCCAGACAGAUUCACUGAUUGGCCUCAGGUUCUGAGUAGAGAGAGUCUGACUGGACGUUGUUACUGGGAGGUGGAGAGGAGAGGGAGAGUUGAUGUAUCAGUCGCAUACAAGAGUAUCAGCAGAGCAGGAGAUGGGGAUGAAUGUUUAUUUGGAUAUAAUGAUAAAUCUUGGGCAUUAAAUUGUAGCAAUAGUAAAUUUGGUCACAACAACAUCUGGACCUCCAUCUCAGGUCCAGUUCCCUCCAGAGUCGGAGUGUACCUGGAUCACACAGCAGGUAUUCUGUCCUUCUACAGCGUCUCUGAAACCAUGACUCUCCUCCACAGAGUCCAGACCAGAUUCACUGAACCGAUACUGGCUGGAGUUUGGGUUGGUUCUGGAUCCUCAGCAGAGUUCAGUAAACCCAGAAAAAGACAGACCUUCACAUCAAGACCCGUUUUGAAGAAAAAGGUAAAGUGUAUCUGUUAUCUCUGCACUAUGGAUGAACAUAAAGGCCAUGAAACAGUGUCAGCUGCAGCAGAAAGGACUGAGAGGCAGAGAGAGCUGGAGGAGAGACGAGGAAACAUCCAGCAGAGAAUCCAGGACCAGGAGAAAGAUGUGAAGCUGCUUCAGCAGGAGGUGGAGGCCAUCAAUCGCUCUGCUGAUAAAACAGUUAAGGACAGUGAGAAGAUCUUCACCCAGCUGAUCCGUCUCCUCCAGAAAAGAAGCUCUGAGGUGAAGCAGCAGAUCAGAUCCCAGCAGAAAACUGAAGUGAGUCGAGUCAAAGAUGUUCAGGAGAAGCUGGAGCAGGAGAUCACUGAGCUGAAGAGGAAAGACGCUGAGCUGGAGCAGCUCUCACACACAGAGGAUCACAACCAGUUUCUCCUCAACUACCCCUCACUGCCAACCCUCAGUAAGUCGACACACUCAUCCAGCAUCAACAUCCGUCCUCUAGGACACUUUGAGGACGUGACAGCAGCUGUGUCAGAGCUCAGAGACAAACUACAGGAUGUCCUGAGAGACUCAUGGACAAACAUCUCACUGAAGGUCACUGAGGUGGAUGUUCUACUGUCAGAACCAGGACCAAAGAGCAGAGCUGGAUUCUUAAGAUAUUCAUGUGAAAUCACUCUGGAUCCAAACACAGCAAACAGAGAGCUGGGACUAUCAGAGGGGAACAGGAAGGUGACAUGGAUGGAUCAGGAUCAGUUUUAUUCUAGUCAUCCAGACAGAUUCACUAAUUAUUCUCAGGUUCUGAGUAGAGAGAGUCUGACUGGACGUUGUUACUGGGAGGUGGAGUGGAGAGGGGGAGUUUAUGUAUCAGUCGCAUACAAGAGUAUCAGCAGAGCAGGAUUCGGACAUGACUGUAUUUUUGGAUAUAAUGAUGAAUCUUGGGCAUUAGAUUGUUCUCAAAUCAAUUGUACAUUUUUGCACAACAGCAUCUGGACCUCCAUCUCAGGUCCAGUUCCCUCCAGAGUCGGAGUGUACCUGGAUCACACAGCAGGUAUUCUGUCCUUCUACAGCGUCUCUGAAACCAUGACUCUCCUCCACAGAGUCCAGACCAGAUUCACUGAACCGAUACUGGCUGGAGUCUUUCUUGGAAAAUCUGCUGAGUUCUGUAAACUUUAACUGCAAGAUUCUCAAAUACGAGCUGGUCUGACAAUAAAAUAAAUCCUUGAA